GGGCCUGGCAGUAGUGCGCUCGACAGCGCGCAGAACGGACCCAUCGGCAAUCGUCACUUCUCCAGGGUCUGAGAGCCGCGAUUUUCACCGUUCGAACUCAUUUCGGCAAUCAAACAUGUACCCGAAGAAUUUUUAACAUUUUCAUUCCACGUCAAAUCUCUAUAUCCGAGUUAAUCUUUGACUUUGAUCGGAUUUGAAGAUUGGCGGUAAUUUUGAAGAUAGAUAUUAAAAAAAAAAAAAAAAUAGCGGUUUUUUUUUGAAUUUAAAGAUUGCGUAUAUACAGUGUGAGAAACUGAAUUUGGUGAAGAAGUCAGGAAAUUUUUCUUUUUUUCUUUUUUUUUUUUUUUUGUUUUCAAUUGGAAGUAGGCCGUCCUCGUGGCUGGCCGAGAAUUUCUGGACGACGAAUUGCUUGAUGUCUUUUCUUCCUGGUAUUGAAUGGUGGACAAACGAAUAAGAAGCAUGCAACGGUGACGCAGUAUCGUUAAAAAAUAUGCGUGGUGCUUGAUGCCAUUCUUAAUAUUUGAUUGGAAGCAUACGCUGUUAUUACUUACGGAACUCUUAAGCACGACUGAUCGUUCUUCCAAAACAGCAGAAUGAUGCUGAUCAAGAGUUUCUUCCGGAGGAUCAUCAAAGACUUCCGGCAUAAGGAGUUGUUACCUCUUAAAAUGAUAUUCUUCGUUCAAGCAUCGACGCUUUAUGUACUUUAUCCAUAUCUGACGAUACACAUGAGAGAGCUUGGCAUAAACGUGGAAGAAACUGCCAUAAUGAGCGCUAUAACGCCGGUGAUCGCAAUGGUGAUGCCACCCUUGGCUGGAAUGUUCGCCGAUCGCGUGGGGAAUUUCAAAAUCCUGCUAUCUCUGUUCUCGUCGUUCGGCGGAGUCGCGGCCUUACUAUUGCUGCUCGUACCGAUUGGCAGGAUAACUGUGGAAUUUCCAGACAGAGUCGUUAUGGACCUCGGCUGUACAGGGAAUAAUGGACUGCUUUACACCAUGAGCGAGAAUCAUCCUUGCGAGACAAGCUUGCAGUCGAAGAUCUCCACCAGGAUAGAGAGUUGCGGUUACAUGUGUCGUCUAGACGUUCAUAAUGACACCGAAGUACAGUCAAUUUUGUCAUCAAGGAUGUACACGAUUAAACGAUACAACAUGGAGACAGGCGCGAAUUCUUCAUUCAAGUUUUCAAUUUCUCAAGAUGAGAUGCCCCAGGAAAUAGAAGAUGAUUUAAGAGAGCACCGAAAACUAAAAAACAACGAGUAUUUCAAGACGUCGAUUCGUCAACUAUCAGCAAACGAGUACUUUUUCCCAUCGAACCAACUGUACGAGUUUUCAUGCACCGUGUCGGGCUUUAUCGAAGAUUUCGAAACGUCAACCCUAAAUCCUGCCAUGUCGAACAGAAUAUAUGAGAAUCGCACACUUUGCGCUUUCAAUCCAAUUGUGUCUCGCAAGGACAGUGACAAUGAAACGACGAAUUAUCAUUCGUACAAAUCGAAAUUAAAAAUUUUGGAAGCCACGGAGGAAGAUCAUGAGAUGAAACGACGAAGAUAUUUGUCGGAAGAGAUCGCAUGGGCAGGAAAGGAAUUUCAGAAGAUUACCUGCGGAAAUCCUGACCUGGAAUCCGACAGGAUAUCUCUGACUCUACCACUUUUUAAUUAUUCUUUAAGCUCAGAGCCGUUUAAGACUCUGAACGCGGAAGAUUGUAGCAAAAGAUGCGUCGUUACAGCACCUCGCAAGGAGAUGUGCUCGAACACAAAAACAUUGAUCGAAUAUAACGUUGGACUGACUUUCUGGAUGUAUUUCGCCAUUAGAGUGUUCAUCGGUGUUAUUGGUGGUACCACAUUUGCUAUGUUCGAGGGUGCAGUGAUUGCCAUAUUACGCGAACAAAAGGCCGAUUACGGUCUUCAAAGGAUUUACGGCAGUAUCGGUGGUAUGAUAUCAUCACCACUUUCAGGACUUCUUAUCGAUUAUGCAAGCGUUGGCAAAGGUUACACGGAUUUUAGGCCAGCAUUUUACCUGUAUGCAGGACUGAAGCUAAUCUCAGGAUUGUUAAUGCUCGCCAUUAAUUUGGAAUUCAAAUCACCAGCCACGAAUGUAGUCCGCGACGUUUUCACGGUAUUGAGGAACAUCGAAGCUGCAGCUCUCUUCAUCGCCUGUUUCAUCCUCGGUACUGCUUGGGGAUACAUCGAAUCGUUCCUCUUUUGGUUGAUACAAGAUUUAGGAGGAUCAAGAUCACUCAUGGGUAUCACCAUAACCGUAGGCGGUAUUGCCGGUAUACCAUUACUGGUACUAUCUGGUCCAAUCAUAUCAAAGAUCGGCCAUGCAAAUGUACUUUUUAUAGGCUUCGUUUUUUACGCCAUAAGACUUUGCGGAUACUCAUUGAUAUACAAUCCUUGGCAUACUCUUAUCUUCGAAGCUUUAGAAUCAGUCACUUUGUCACUUAGUUUCACCGCCGCUGUUACUUAUGCAGCGAAAUUGUCUACUACUACCACUGACAGUUCGAUACAGGGAUUAUUAGGUGGAGUUUAUUACGGAGUUGGCAAAGGCUCAGGAAGCUUGAUCGGUGGAUAUCUAAUGAAAGCCUUCGGCACUCGACCAACCUAUCGAAUCUUCUCAGUGAUAACUCUCAUCACCGGUAUAAUGUACUACAUCUUCAACGUAGCUUACCUCAAAAAACGGCCACAAGUCGAAGGUAACGACAUCGUGAAGAAAAAACCCAAAAACUUGGAAAAUCAAAAUGGUCUUGAAAAUGGUAUCAUCGAGAUCGGUUUAGAAGAGAAGAAACAAUCAAACAAUGAAGACAAAAAGAACGAAUCGAAUAAUGUAAGUGGAAUCGACAAUCAGGCUUUGAUCAAAGAAAAUGAUGGUGUAAAAUCUUCAAAGGAAAUAGAAAAUGAGAAAACGCGAAACAUAGAAGCUAUCAAUAACGCGAAAAAUCUUGAUAAGAUCGAGAGAAUGCCAUCUGAAGAAAGUAAGAAAAAAUUUGGAGCGAAACGAUUGAAAAAAAUGCAAACUGACGAAUGUGACCGAGCGAAAGAGUGCUCGAAACAAAAUGGAACGGCGAAUCCAAGUUUUGAAAGUGACGAAUUUAGGUGUAACGUUACUGUAGAGAGGCAACCAGAAGACGAAAAGUGACAAAGUUCCUCUAGAGAUCUCGAUACUCUUUCUUUUCUUCGUUCUUCACCAUGAAACCACUUUUGUACCAUUGAAGACGUAUAUAAAUGAGAUUGUAAGGAAUGUAAAUGUAAUGUAAUUCUGUGUGUACGUUUUCACACUGUACACAUAUUUGAUGGAUGUCCAAGUUUUUGUAUUGUUGAUAAUUAUUCGAACAUGUUUGAUUUUAUAGAAAAUGUGAAAAUUUUUGUAGCAGUUGUUAUUGAUUGUUCAGAUCUGGUUAGUAUAUUUGAUUUAAAUUUCAAGAAAAAUGAUUUUGAAAAGUUUCAUAAAGAUGAUUGAUUACAAAUGAUAUAAAAACAUUUGAUAUUACUUUAUAUUAAAGUAUACUACGAAUAAAUUUGAAAUAAUGAUUGAAUUUAUUGCUAUUGGAAUAAUUACAAGCAAUAUAAUUUGAAGUGUUAGAAGUUAUUUACUCAGAUCGAUCUUGCUCGAAAAAUUUCUUCGGGACUAUUGCAUAAUUGCAAAUAGCAUCGUGCAUGUACUUCACACAAUGUCAGAUAUCGAAUUAAUUUUAUUCUACUUGUUAAAAAUAAUGUAAAAUCUCUAUUUUAUAUCUACAUAUUUUUUUCUAAGAUCAAGAUGAUAUCAAUAUAUUAAUAUAUUCAGAAUUUUUAUACAUGCAAUAAUUGGUAAAAAUUUUAUGCAUUAUAAAUACAGUUGCUAUUAUUGUAAGAAAUGCCAAAUUGCCAAAUUAUUGCAUAAAUUUAUAUAAUUAAUGUUGUUAGAGACUUUUAAAUGUGAACUGCCUACUUUUAAAAAAUGAAUUUCAGAUUUUUAAUUCGAAAUUGUAGUUUGAGAUGCUGAGCUAUUAUUACGAAAGAUUAUAGUGAAGAAUAAGAAACAUUAUCAUAUUAUCAUUGACAGCACUUUAUUUUAAGUACUAAUAGUACAAUUAAUGGAAAAACACAAAUCGCAGAAAGAUAUUUUUAAUAAUAAAUUACCAAGUAAAUAUUAUUAUUAAAAGUAUUAUGCAAAAUAAAUUAAUGACCUUAAAAUACUCAUAAUAUGAUAACGGAAGACAUAAUAUUCAGUAUUAUGAAAAAAUAUUAAUAAUAACAAUGCUAUGAAUCUUAAAAAUAUUCUAUAGGAAUAAUUAACAUUUUAUAACUAAUCAAUUAGUUAAGAUAUAUUAAUGAAACAUUGUAAUUGUUUUCUAACAAAAUGUGACAUACUCAAACAUCUCUAACAAUAUUAAUUAUAAAAUCUUCCUCAUAAAAUCAUAUAUCAAAAUGUUUAAUAUAUUCCCAAAAGUUAUAUACAAUUUUGUACAAACAUUAUUCACACAAAUUGAUUAUUUAUAAAUUGUAAUUAAUUAUUUUUAAUAACCAAGGAAACAAAAUAUCAAUAUAUAAACGCAAAUUCUAUCAGAACAAAUACGAGUGUAUUAUAAAAUUAUUAAAUGAUAAGAAAAUAAUGACAGUUUUCCAAGGAAACCAUGUGAUAUAAUUAUGCAGGAAAUAGUGCGUAAUUAGGAGUCUCCAUAGCGUACAAUAACUGAUUUACAUCGUUUAUGAACAGGAUAAUUAGACAAAUUAUCCUGGUCCCUCGUAGUUCGAAUAAAUAAAUAAACGAAAAUAAAAAUAA